AUGGAAGUUAAUUCAACUGGUUUAAUUGUCAUUGAUAAAUCAGUUGAUUUGACAAAUAAAAAUUCUGAUCAUUUAAGAGAAAUUAAAAUAGUUAAUGUUGAUUUUUCAAAAACUGAUGAGGCAUACAGUAUCAUCAAUAAACAAGCAGAAGAAAACAGUGAUAAUCUUAUAAGCGAAAUAAUACCAAAAGGUAAAUUUGAAAAAGAUUAUCGUAUGGUUAUUGCAAAUGGUGGUUUCAUAAGAGGUAUUUGGGCAGUUCCAUUUCACCCCGAGACUUCAAAAACACCUUUUAAAUUACUUGAUGGAACUAAGAAAGAUGUGGACAUGAUGAGAGCUCGAGGAAUUUUUUCCAUUGGCUAUCUUAAUCCUGAUUAUUGUGCAAAAAUUAUUCAAGUGGAUUACUUGUGGGAUAAUUACAAUACAGCUGUUAAUAAUUAUUUAAUUAUACCAGAAGAAGAUGUUGGUUUUGAUAAAGUUGAAAAACUUCUUUAUAAUUUUGAUUUUAGUAAUUUUGAAGUUGACGAAGUUGCUAAUAUAAAUCUUUUAAUGCCAAAAUUUAAACUUGAUACAAGAAAAGAACUUAAAAAAGCAUUAAAUGACAUUGGUGUAACAAAAAUAUGGUCAAAAGAAUCUGAUUUAUCUGGAUUUUCGAAAAACACUUAUGUCAAUGAAUUUUUCCACAAAACUGGAAUUGUCGUUGAUCCAUUCUUCAAUGAAAAAACAAAAUCUUAUAAUGCACCAAAAGGACCAGUCACAAAGGUCGUGGUUGACAAGCCAUUCUUCUGGAUAACUGUCUCUGAUCAUGGUGUUGUCAUUCUUUUUUCUCGUAUAACUAAUCCAACUUAUUAA